AUGGCAAAGCAAAUAGUCUACACUCUCUUUCUAGUCCUCUUAUCCACGACAGGGCUCACCACGGCGUCCUCCGCCGCAGCCGUAGGGACUUCCAAACGCGCAAUAAACUUCAUACAAGCUUCAUGCAAAGCCACCACAUACCCAACUGAAUGCUUCAACUCUCUCUCCGGUUACGCAAACUCCGUCCAAACAAGCCCUCGACGUCUAGCCGAGACUGCACUCACCGUGACCGUGAGCCAGGCUCAGUCCACCAAGCUCUUCGUCUCGCGCUUGGCCCGUUUCAAGGGUCUCAAGAAACGAGAGGUUCAAGCCAUCAGAGACUGCAUCGAGGAGAUCAAUGACACGGUUGACCGUUUGAACAAGUCGGUCCAUGAAGUGAAGAUGUGUGGGAGUGCUAGAGGUCGUGACCAGUUUUGGUUCCAUAUGAGCAAUGCUCAGACUUGGACCAGCGCAGCUUUGACUAACGCAAACACUUGCUCCGAUGGGUUUUCGGGUCGGAUUAUGGAUGGACGGAUCAAGAACUCGGUUCGUGCCCGGAUCGUUAAUUUGGGAAGAGGAACUAGCAACGCCUUAGCCUUGAUCAAUGCUUUUGCUAAAAAAUACUAA